AUGUCUCCCGCUCUUGUGUGUCAAGAUGCGUCCCAGAACUAUGACGUCGUGAUUGUGGGAGCCGGACCUGUGGGAUUGAUGCUUUCUACAUGUCUGUCUCGAUGGGGAUACCGUAUUAAGCACAUCGAUAACAGGCCAGAGCCGACGGCGACUGGUCGAGCCGACGGCAUCCAACCUCGCUCUCUCGAUCUGCUGCGGAACAUGGGGCUCAAGUCUGCCAUCAUGGCCCACAAGCCCGCCCGUGUCUAUGAAGUCGCAUUCUGGGACCCUUCAGAAUCGAGCAAGGGUAUUGCCAGGACAGGAACUUGGGCUAGCUGCCCCAACUUCAUCGACGCCCGUUAUCCCUUCACCACACUGCUGCAUCAGGGCCACAUCGAGAGGGUCUUCAUCAACGACCUUGAAAAGAACGGCACCAGCAUCCAGCGCCCUUGGACAAUCACGGGCUUCCAGUCUCGCAACCCCCAGACGUACGAAUACCCCGUUCAAGUUGAACUGGAACAUGUCAACGGCACGGAAAAGGAGACCGUCUACGCAAAGUACCUCUUUGGAGGCGAGGGUUCAAGGUCCUUUGUCAGACAACAGCUGAACAUUGGGGUUCAGCAUAAAGAUCCCAUCGCAUAUGUCUGGGGUGUAAUGGACGGCGUUGUGAAAACCGAUUUCCCUGAUAUCAAGAUGAAAUGCACGAUCCGCAGUGCACAUGGCUCCAUCAUGGUCAUCCCACGUGAGGACAAUAUGGUUCGCCUCUAUAUCCAGAUUGCGUCUUCCACGGAUGCCGACUGGAGCCCAAGAAAGACAGCAACUGAAGCAGAGGUGCAAGCCUCCGCCAAGAAGAUUCUGCAGCCCUACUCGAUCGAGUGGGAACAUGUCGAAUGGUAUUCAGUCUAUCCUAUUGGCCAGGGAAUUUCAGAUAGAUAUACCUUGGAUGAGCGAGUUUUCCUGGGAGGCGACGCCUGUCACACCCACAGCCCCAAGGCAGGUCAGGGAAUGAACACAGCCUUUUUAGAUGCGCUGAAUUUGGCUUGGAAGAUCCAUGCCGUGGAGGGUGGCCUCGCAGACCGAUCCAUCCUCAAGACAUACGAGUCUGAGCGAAAAGCAGUCGCGGAAUCGCUAUUAGACUUUGACAAUCGAUAUGCGAAGCUCUUCUCUCAACGGCCACCCGCGGCUUCUGAAGUCCAGGCGGCCUCGGAAACGAUACCGGAUGCAGAUCUGGAAGCAGACAAUUCCUUUAUCAGGACUUUCAAGGAAUCCUGCGAAUUCACCAGCGGCUACGGCGUCUCGUACCAGCCCAACGCGUUGAACUGGUCUCCAGAUCACCCAGCACAGUCAUCACUCAUGCAACCAAGUGGCACAAAGUUGCAAUCUGGGCGCCUAUUCUCAAUUGCGGAUGUGACAAGAGUUGUCGAUGCCAACGUGGUACACCUCGAGCAGGAGAUACCGCUCAACGGGUCAUUCCGCAUCUUCAUCUUCGCUGGAAACCCAGUCAAGAACCGCGCUGCUAUUCGCGACCUAGCAGACAACUUGAUUAGUGCCAGGUCAUUCUAUGCAGCAUACACUCGGCCAGAUAUCGAUCAAGUCUCGCACCACGAGAAGCAUAACCCGCAUAGCAUGUUCUUCACUCUGUGCACCAUUUUUGCGGCCAAGAGACAUGCCAUCGAGAUCCCAAGAGAUGCACCAGGCGCCUUGGCUCGUUAUCGCGACCAUAUCUAUGCAGACGACAGAUGGGACCGCCGUGUGCCCGAUGCGCACGCAUCUGCGCACGCAAAGAUGGGCAUCGAUGAAGAGAAGGGUGGCGUGGUGGUUGUUCGACCAGACGGCUAUGUUGGCAUGGUGGCCUCCCUGGUAGAAGGCACAGGCACUAUUGACGCCCUCAACGACUAUUUUUCAGCAUUUUGCACCAAGAAGUUUGGAAGCGCUGCUUAG